UCUCAUUCAGUACUAAUCAUACACUCUUCUCUGCUAAAAUAGAUAAUAUGCAUUUCUUUAGUACUUAAUAUCAAAGGAAACAGUAUAAAGGGAUCUCAACAGAGAUUUUUAAAAUUUUGCAUGAUGGUUAUUAUUAUUUGAUCUAUUUGAUUUCAUGCUUUUUAAACCCUCACUUUUUAGACAAUGUAUAGGAAGAGUGACCUAAAUCCUAUUCAUAAUGCUAUUUUUAAUUUUAUUGUUAAUACCAACUAUUGAGCUAUACUGCUUAUUGGAAUUAUAUUUUUUAUUAAAAUUUACUAGAAAUUUGAAAUUUUGCUGACAUUAUGUAAGUUAUGCAUUUAAAUAAAUGCAUACAUUAAACAUGAUCAUAUUUCAGAGCUCAGCCCAUUUCUUCUAAUCUAUAGGACAAGGCAAAGAAAUCUUAGUGUAAGAGCACUACCUUGAGAAGUUUAUGCAUGUAUAUUUUCUUCACCUUUCUACUUGAUUUUUUUUUCUUGAAUGACAUACUUUAUGCUAUUGGGGUUCAUGCUUAAGGGGCUGUAUUUAAUGAUAUCACCAGAGUCUGCCCCUGUAACAUCAAAAGAGGUUGUUCUUAUAUCUCAGGGUUUGCCCCUGAAAUCUCAAAGCCAGAGUUGCUUCUGACCUGCCCAAACCUGUGCCCUGGUUUUGUAAUGUUUCUUAUCAAAGGAAUGGACGUUUGUUGGGUCAAUCAAUAGUGAACGCAAAAUGUGCUAGUUCAUAAGAAAGUGUUGCAAAUUAAUCACAUGACCGUGUGUAAUUCUCUAUAAAAGAGAGAUCAAGCCAAACAGCUCUGCCUUCCCCCUUCACAAUGAAGGUCUUAAUUCUAGCAGUAGCCUUAACCCUUGUGGGUUGUCAGCAACAAAAUCAACAAACUCAAUCAAACAGAAAUGAAGUUCUCUCCUAUGACUAUGAAUUUGAAAUUCAGAAUAGAAUUUCAGGAAAAGGUUUUGCAAGUGCUGGAAUGAAAGUAAAAUGUAAAGUUGAUAUUGGUCAAAUUGAUGCAGAUCGCAAGUUUGUACAGACCCGCUCCUUUGAAGUAUUUGACUACAAUGGAGUCUACCCCUGGCAGACUUUCAUUCCCUCCCCAAAACUGACGGAACUGUUUGAAAGAGAGGUGAAGGAUGUGAUCACAUUUCAACACAGGAAUGGCCAUGUCGAAGAUAUCAGUGCUCCAGCACAAAUCUCAGAAUUUGCUUUUAACAUCCUCAAAGGAAUUUUGAAUCUACAUGAAUAUACCCUGAAGAUCGACCAGAAAAACUAUAAUUUAAGAGAGAAUGGCAUUGAAGGCAAGUGCAACACAACAUACUUCCUGAGAAAUUCGGAGAAAAAUGAUGAGCUCCUAGUAACCAAGUCAAAAGAUUUAACUGACUGUGAUGACAUGGUUUUAAAGGUUGUUGGUGCUGCAUAUGCAAUACCAUGCAAGUCCUGCCAGCAGAGAAACAUGAAUUUCCAGGCAGCUGCGACAUACAACUACACAUUUAAGGAUAUGCAGAAUGGAGACAGACAGAGGCUGCUUCUGGAAGCCAAUAGCCUUGAAAUACGUCAGUUUAGCCCAUUCAAUGAGUUAAAUGGAGGAAUUGCCCUAAUGGAAGCCAGCCAGAGAAUGGUAUUCACUGGUUCCCAGGAACGCUUGCCCACUAUACCUAAUGACUUGAAGACAUAUGGGUCACUUGCAUACAGUUUUAAAGGUGAACUUCCUUCACUUCCUAUCCAGUUACUGAAAAUCAAGAAUCGAGAAAAAGAGAUUGAAGAUAUAUUACAAUACUUGGCAGGCCACUCAAAUGAGAAGUUUCCAGUUGACGCUCCAAUAAAAAUUUUACAGCUUGUACAACUUUUCCGCACAGCAGAUGACAUCGAUUAUUUUGACUCAUUCUUUAAACGAUACUCUAACCAGCCAGCAUACAGGAGGGUAAUCUUGGACUUAAUUCCUGCUGUUGGCAAUCCAGUUGCGAUUAGAUUCCUAAGGAAUAAAAUGGAACAUGGAGAACUGACCAACUUUGAAAUAUCACACACACUGCUUGUAUUCUUCCAUUUCUGCAAUGCUUCUCAAGAAGUAUUAGAUGAAGCAAUGAUCAUUGUGACAGAUGUUCUUAAAGGUCCCGAAAGUGCCUAUCGCAGAGUUAUCACCCUUGGCUAUGGAUCAUUACUUAACAGAUACUGCUCUCCCUUAAAUGUGUGCCCUGACAAGUAUCUCAAGCCGCUGACUGAUUUUGCAACAAAAGCAACAGAAUCAUCUGAUAUAGAAGGAAUUAUUCUCGCUCUUAAAUUCUAUGGAAAUGUGGGUCAUCUAGCUGUCUUGAAGCCAAUUAUGAAAUUCAUCCCAAAUUCUCCAUCGUUUAUUGAUGUUAGAGUUCCUACAAAUGCAAUAAUGGCUCUAAGAAAUAUUGGCAGGAAAGACCCAGUAAGGAUCCAAGGAACUGCUCUUCAAAUAAUCCUGAACUACAAGAUUAAUGCUGAAUUCCGAGCUCUUGCUUCCAUGGUGUUGAUUGAAUCCAAACCAUCGCUUCCUUUGUUGAUGACUUUGGCUAAUUCUAUGUUGAACGAACCCAGCAUGCAGGUGGAAAAUUUUGUCUACACUCAGCUCAGUGCAAUGGCCAGAAUGAAAACUCCUAGUUUUCACGAGAUGGCUUCUGCCAGCAGAGCGGCUCUCAAAGUACUGGGCAGGAAAAUCCAACAGUCAGCAGGUUAUCGAUUUAGCCGAAUAUUCCUCUUGGGCACUUUCAGAGAAUCUCUUAUGGCUGCUAUGGGGGCUAAAUUUGUCUUCAUUCAUAAAGAUGGGAGCAUGCUCCCAUUCAUAGCAAUAGCCGGAUUCAGGACAGAUUUUCUUGGCCAUAUCCUUUUUCCUUUGGAAGUUGGCAUUACAAAUACAAAGUUAUCUGAUAUCUUAGAUAGGAUGUAUGGAAGAGGCAAAGAUGGCAAUGUACCCAGUGAUCUAAAUGAUCUUCUCAAACCGUUCUCUAAUCAGCAAACGGCUCGUGGAUUAUCUAUUGGAGAAGGAUAUAUAAAAAUGUUUGGCCAAGAAAUCAUGAGUGGGCCCUUCAAAACUGACAUGAUCCGUGAACUACUUCAGGGAUACCAAGGAACAACACCAUUUCCCUUGACACAGCAAAUUUUGGAUACCCUUAAAAUUCACAACACCCUUCAGUGGGACAAGAAUUUGAUGUCUGCAGAAAUCCAUCGUGCUGUGCCUACCUGUACUGGUCUCCCAUGGCAAAUCAGCUUGGUUCAUGUCUGUAACACACAACUGGUUGGAAAUGCUCAGUUAUCAAUAACUCCUGAGCCAACAUCGCAACUGACUUUGCCAGACAUGAUUAACAGCAACUUUAAAUUGAAAACCAAGCUGAAUCUCAGCAUCUUGAAAGAUAUGAGCUUGACAAUGGGAAUUAUAACACCUGAAAUCCAAGCUGUUCUGGAAGAAAAUGCUAAACUGACAGUAAAUGUCCCUUUGAAUGUUGAUUUUACCAUAAAUAUUAAAGAAAAGAUCUUCAAAGUUGAACUUCCACCAUGCAACCAGGAAACUGACAUCAUUUCUCUAAGGCUUAAAACAUCUGCUGUCACUCGCAAUAUUGAAGAGGCACCUGCUAGUAAGUCAACUCCUGUACUUCUCCCCGAGACGAUGUCUAACAUAAUAAAGCAGUCUUUUGAUUCUUCUUCAGUUGAACAGGAUAGAAGAAAGGAAGAACCAUUUUCAGAAAUCAGAUCAACAGAACAGAUCUACUCACAAAAACAAUCAGAACGCCACUUAGAUUCAAUUCGACAAACUAUGUGCUUUGAAACGUGUACAUUUGGAUGUAAAGCUUGCUUUGAGUCAGCAAAUGCAUAUGCUGGAUGUAUCUUAGGUGACUCUCUAUACAACAUUGUUGGUGAACAUGUUUUAAAAUUAACCCUCAAGCAAGAUGAUACAAGAGCACCGAUUGAGAAGUUACAAUUCACAAUUCAAGGAGGUGCUCAAGCUGCUGAAGCAAAGGUGCGGCUGCAGAUGAGAAAAGAAAGGAGCAGCAGCUCUGAAGAUUCUGACUCCAGCUCUGAUAGCUCAUCUUUGGCCAGAGAUUCAAAUAAAAACAUGAAUUUGAAGCAAGCGCGAGCUGAGAAUGAAGAAGGGCAGCAGGAACAUGAUCAGGAGCAUUACCAUAAUCAAAAGCAAUCUCCAGAGAAAAGGAAGAAGACAUUAUCUGCCCAUUUUAGGAGGAGUAGCAGUAGCAGUAGCAGCAGCAGCAGCAGCAGCAGUCAACAGCAAAAAGGGAGGAGCAGUGAUAGCAGUAGCAGUAAAAGUAGCCCCCAAACCAGCAGCAGCGACAGCAGCAGCAGUGACAGUAGCAGUGACACCAGGUCUAAGCAGCAUGGUAAAGGGAAACCCCAAAAAUACCAGAACAAGAAACGCGGAAGGAAUCAGUCAAGCAAUAAAAGGGGACGUUUUGAUGAAAGCAAAUAUUCAGAGAGACCUCCCACCAAAUACAAUGAAGAACGAGAGAGGCAAAGUUGGACUGACCUGUCUCCUCCUAGGAUACGAGGCCUGCAGUGGUCCAUGUUCAGCUUCAAGGAAAGCUAUCCCAGCCAGGAAGAAUCAAGUAGUUCAUCAUCUUCCUCUGAAUCAAGCAGCAGCAGCUCCAGCAGCUCCAGCAGCUCUAGUCCCAAAAGCAGCAGCUCCAGCCGCAGAAGCAGCAGCUCCAGUCGCAAGAGAAGCAGCAGCUCCAGUAGCAGAAGCAGCAGCAGCUCCAGUAGCAGAAGCAGCAGUGAUUCAAGCCAGUCACAAAAAUCUCAAAACCGUCGAGAUGAGCUUACACCUUACUUCACUGUUGAGGCUCGGGCACAUAGGAGUGACAACAAAGAUCAGGGCUACAAUUUGUCCAUGUACAUGGAGCAUGAAAGCUACAAUUUCCAUAUCAAAAUGAUUGCAAAAGAGCUUGCCAAAACUAAGUGGAGAGCCUGUUUUGAUAGCCAGGUGUUACCUUACAAAUUCCAGAGUUCUAUAAACUGGGGUAAAAAAUGCCGAGAUUACAGGAUUGAAAUGAAAGCUUCCAAAGGCCAAGUUGCAAGACAUCCUGCCCUGCAAAUGAACAUGAAGUGGACCAAGCUUCCAACCUUCAUCAGGGAACAAGCAGCAUGGGCUGUGGAAUACCUUCCUGGGAUUGCCUACCUUUCCGGCUUUACAGCAGUUUAUGAGAAAAAUCCUUCCCGUGAACUGAUGCUAAGAAUGAUUGCAACAACUCCAUAUACCACUGCUAUGAUCUUUAAAAUUCCUGGGGAAACCUUUUACAGAGAUAGUUUCUGUUCUCCAUUUAUUUUACCAGUUAUCCCAGGUGCAUAUUAUCAGCCUCCUCAAAUAACCAGCUUCAACAUUAUAGAUUUUGCUUCAUGGCUAGCCCAAGGAGAUCAAGCUGUAUGUGAGGUGGGUGAAGAUAGGAUUGUAACUUUUGAUGGCAAGAUAUUCAACACUACACUCAAAGGCCAGGAUUGUGAUCUACUAGUGGUUCAGGACUGCAACAAAAGUGUCAGUUAUCACCCAAAAUUUCGUAUAUGGACAAGAAAACCAGAUCCUGAACGUCCAAGGGAGAUUCACCUCAAUUUGAGUACUGUAUAUAUCAAAGUUUUACCUUCAUUGGAUACAUACAUUGUGCUGUUAAAUGGCAAGCAAGUGCUAGUGGACAAAUUGAUGUAUGAAGAUCCUGCAGCAAAAAUUAAAAUUUACAAAGAUAACACCACUGUUGCCAUUGAGGCUCCAGAGCAUGGACUAAUGAAUGUGACAUAUAAUCGAAUCCUGCUAAAAGUCACAGUUGCUUCAAGGAUGAAAGGUCAUACCUGUGGACUCUGUGGAGACAACAAUGGAGAACAAAGGAAUGAAGGUCUGAUGCCAAAUCAGGAGCUGGCCUUAAAUGGCAUUGAUUAUUUUCGAUCUUGGUCAUCACCAGACAACUGUGUUUCAGAAAGGACACCAACAUCAUCUGAGUCUGAGAAGGCAGAGAAAGCAUAACUCUAAGUGACAAGAACAUUUUGAAAACUGCAUUUAAAAGCUUCUUAACUGUGAAACUUUGAUACUCAAAGCAACUGGACAGCCACACAAGAAACAUAAAAUCAUAUAAUUACUGUUAAUAUGAACUAAUUUAAAUUAAAUGUAUUGUGUACCCAAUGUCAUUCAUAAUAAACACAUUACACAUUUAAUAAAUAAUUCUUUUUAUGUUGUUUCUUAUGC